UAUUAUUGAAUACUUUACCAGGCCAAAAAAGGAAAGAAAGAAGGAAGAGGACAUGGGGAGUGCAAGGGACGGUGAUAACAAAAUGAACUGAUUAUGCGUAUAUAAAGUAGAUCACAUUAGGCAGGGGUGUCAUGAGGAUUAGUGUGAUAGUGACCUUGUUGCUAAGUGCAAAAGCAAAACAAUGACAUAAAAACAAGUAGGCUCGGCACUGGUGGAGGAGAGAGAUGGAGGCAGACACUGCAGGAAAGAAAGCUGAUUAAAAAGGGGCCUUUGAUUCCACAGGCACAAAAAUCCACAGCCAGGAAUUUGCUGCCACCUCUGAGUCAGGCAGGGGGAUGGGGGUGGGGUGCACAAUCCCAUUAGUAGAGAAUGCCCAGUGGAUUUAGUCUGAGAGUCACAUUUCUUAUUUGGACCAGUGUAGACAGAAGCAAACCCAGCUCACUUGUUUCCUGGGACAGUUGAGUUAGGGGAUGGCUUUUGCAGAGCACUCACCGCUGACCCCUCACCGCCGGGACCUCUGUAGCCGCUCUAUCUGGCUAGCAAGGAAGAUUCGUUCAGACCUGACUGCUCUUUUGGAAUCUUAUAUGAAGCAUCAGGGCCUGAACGAGAACAUAAACCUGGACUCUCUGGAUGGCGUGCCAGUGGCAAGCACUGACCGGUGGAGUGAGCUGACUGAGGCAGAGCGACUCCAAGAGAACCUCCAAGCUUAUCGUGCCUUCCAUGCUAUGUUGGCCAGGCUUUUAGAAGACCAGCAGGUGCAUUUUACUCCAGCUGAAGGGGAUUUCCAUCAAGCAAUACAUACCAUCCUGCUCCAAGUUGCUGCCUUUGCUUACCAGCUGGAGGAAUUAAUGAUGCUCUUAGAACACAAGAUCCCCCCCAACGAGGCUGAUGGGAUGCCCAUUAUUGGUGGAGAUGGUGGUCUCUUCGAGAAGAAGCUGUGGGGCCUAAAGGUGUUACGAGAGCUUUCACAGUGGACAGUGAGAUCUAUCCAUGACCUUCGAGUCAUUUCUUCUUACCAGACUGGGAUUCCAACACAUGGGAGCCAUUAUAUUGCUAAUGACAAGAAAAUAUAGUAACUAUCCCCU